CAGAUUCCGUCAUUGGUAGCGUCGCUUCAAUUUUGUGUCGACUGGUGAGUGAGAAAGACGUCAUUUUCUGCUCUCGUUUCUGGAAAGAUCUGAACAAGACUCAUCCAUUUCUCCCUUUCUGCGAUCGAAUCGAGAAGCUUUGAGGCUGAAUUGCAAGGACUUUUGGCAGAAGAAAAUCAUCACACCAGCAAUAUGUGCUUUGACUGCCUCAAUAACUCUUCAGACAACUACGACUCCGAUUCGUCGGAUGAUUCACCUGGAAACCUCGCAGGAAUGGACCUGUUUCAGUUCCUUCGCUUUGGCCAGUUCGGAGGCUCAGGAAGACGUUGGGGCCCCUACAACUUUCAAAAGCAAUGGGCCACCUCUGAGCAGAGAGCUGAAGCCAUCGAGAGGAUUGCCAGUGGCAAGGAGACCAGGGCCAAGAUUGCGGCCGACUUGGGCUUCAGCACCAGCUCUUUGGCCCGAUGGUGGAAGCAGCACCAGCGAGCCCAGGGCAUCGAGGUUGCUCCCCGCAAGCCCAAGACCAAGAUGGGUGGAUUGGGACAUCCUGCCCUAACUGCCCCUGUGAAGACAGUCCUUGGGGUCCCUGGGCCUAGCAAGGUGCUGGGGGAUGUGACAAACAAACGCCCUCCUGCCACCACUGGGCUGAGCUCGGUCAGGAGUGUGGCCAAGUUUCCCAACAGCAUGCAGGCCAUGAAGAGGCUGAGGGAUGGAGAGGACGAGGUUGAUGAGUCUUCCAAGCGCCCACGUUUGGAGACGGUUGAAAACCACAAGGACAGUGAUGGAAAAUCUACCCUGUAAAUUCUUGAAGUGUGAAUUGAAAAUUAAAAAGACAAAAAAAUCAA